UUACAAUUUUAGCGUAUUCUCUCUUGCUUUACUGUUCUUCCAACGUGUUUACCAGUUGACAUUACGUUUACCAGUACUUCCCUCCCCUGACAGGGCUGGAGUUAGCAAAGGUUAUAACCUAUCCUGAAGAUGCACCAGAGUUAUCCAGACCACGCCCCUAGCAUCGCCAUUGUGACGAAAUAGACGAUUGACGUCAUUGCCAAAGUUGACUACGUCAGACAGUCGAGAAAUCUCUUUCAAACAUGAGCGGCGAGGCAGACGACACUAGUCGAACCGAAUAUUUAGAGGCACAAUCAGAACCCAAACUCAGCAUGUACUCAGAAAGUGAGAACUUGUACCAGGAGAUGCCCACCUCUUCAGGGUUGGACAGCGGCCGUGAGGAUGAGAAGUUCAUCAAGAGGAACUCACCUGGUAACUUGAGAGCAAGACUUGGAAGCAUGCUGCCCAUUGGAUUUCCCUUCCUUCCUCCCAUCACCUUCAGAGGGAAGCCGAGGAUGGAAUUGAUCCUUUUGACAACAGCAAGCUGCUGAAGAUCCGCUUGUCGAAAACAAAGAAACAAAUCAUCGACGGGUAUAUAGAGAAGAACGCCUUUAAGGCUAUGGAGAAAGCACGUGAGUACAACAUGAGACGACCUCCUCCUGACCAGGGCCUCCUUUGCCCGAAAUCUGCAAAAAAGCAAGAAGCACGAAAUUGCGCUCAACUACAUCUACUUGAGGAAGCAAGUCGAGAGCAGACCAUUUGCCCCUCUUCAACCAGAUUGGAUCGAGAACAUCCUUCAGCUUAUUCCGCGACGUUUGCGGGAGAAUCCCAAGCUGAAAACCUUCCGGAAGCUAAUGAUUGAGGAGAUUGAAAACGAAUUUUAUAAGGGAAUGAAGCUGGCCAGUGUGCAGCAAGUGUUAAUCAAGAGUGACCCCGACAACAGGUGGCUGGUAGACGAACCAUCAGGUCCCCCGCCAGCAGAACCUUUGGCUCAUGACUUUUCUGGCGAUUGGCACGAGAGCUUCGUGGAAAAUCGCGCCUUCAUCGAAGCCAAUCUUCACCAGCUUGAUCCUGCGCCAAGGAAGCUUCUCGACUUCUGCUACAGAUGCUUUGGCAACGUACUCCUCCUGGACAUGACCAAAUACAGUGCUGAAGGUACCAGCGAAUUUGAAGGAUUGAAAGGGAGCAUCAUCAUCGAAAUUUCCAGAAUGGAGAAUGUAUUAAUGAGGGAAUGGUUUCCUGUUGCUGCGUUAAUUGUCCACGACCGGAAGGAAGCUGUGCCUUUUGAGAAGAGAGCAGGGUUCUUUAACUGCAUAGAUAUACUAGUCAGUCUCCAGCUGAAGGACCUGAUCUUACGGUCACUAAAGCAUUUUCAGGCAGUUUUCGUACAUGGAAAUUCCAUGGACCUACCGGAAAUCAGGCUGGAGCUAGCGGUGGACGAAACACGAUUAUUUUCUACCCAUCCAAAGCAGAUUUCGGCGAAUUCUUGGACUUUGUCGUCCACAGCCUCUGCAAGGCAAUGCAAAAGGUUCCAAAAUCUUGUUACUGGCUGGAGGACAUAGAAACCGAGGACUUUGUGGAUGCCAGUCUAGGACAUCACGUGCGAAAAGCCGUAGAGGACGAACUGUCGAAGCUCAGACGAAGUACUUCGAGGGUCCAACGUUGAAGCUGCUAGAGUUCAUUAAAGAUUACGGGUAUGUCAUCGAUGGCAGUGGCGUUACCAAAGUGGAGGAAUUCCUUUCCGCAGAUCGCACUUUCUACGAACUUGCAC